AUGGCGCGCUUUAUUGUGGGUGACGAACUCGGCGGAUUGAAAACUGCAUCACUCUCGCGCUCGGAUGAUAAAAUAACCGUCAACUCCAUUCGAGCAGGGGGCGAGGACAAAAAACGAGCAGUACAGCGCCUGGCUACACACUACUCUCCCGAGUCUGAGUCUGUACUGCUUGCGUCUGCCCACGCGGAUGGCUCGGCUUCCGCCUACACUUUGAGCUCGGAUGGAGAACUCGAAACUGUCAAGGAAUGGAACGAACCGCGCCUAAAGGCUGGUCAGAAAUACGUAGGGCUUACCCACACAGAGAGCGGCGUAUACUCCUGUACAUCCAACGGCGCACUGCGCUUUACGAGCCUCGCCUCUUCCUCCGAUGCGUCCGAAGGACCUUCGAGCCAAACAGGCGUCCUUCCUAUGCGGCUAGCUGAUUGGCACCUUUCCUCAUCUGGCCGUACAUUUGCAUAUGCUGGUGACGAAGUCGAGCUCUCAUUGUGGGAUACUGAGCGCGCGUUUGCUGCUCGGGAGAGCAAGCCUGUCACGAACGAAGGCGAAGGGAAGAAGAAACGCAAGCGCGGAGAAGAGCUGCUUCCCGGAGAGACAUGGCGUGCUCGUAACGUGCCAAAUGAUUCGCUCAGCCUCCGACAGCCCGUUCGCAACACAUGUCUAACUUUCCUCAAUGGACGAGAAGACUCCCUCGCAGUUGGUACAGCGUUCGGCGACGUACGGAGGUACGACAUCCGCGCUCAAAAGCGACCCGUCGCAAAUUGGCAAGGUGUCGGGAAAGUCGGCGGGAUAGCUACGGUCGCGAGCACCGCUGCAGGAGAAAACGAGUUGUAUGUGUCGGACAACGGGACGAGCGUUUUCGCGCUCGAUGUCCGCAGCGGAAAGAUUCUGAGCGGAUACCCUGGCAUAGCGGGUGGCGUGCAUGCAAUCGCGCCAGGACCUAAGGGGCUGAUAGCGAGUGCGGCGCGGGAUCGAUACGUACGCGUACAUUCAACCCCAAGUACCGAGGAAGGAAGGGACGGCGGGAAGGGGGAUGGGAAGGGCAAGGUGCUGGACAAAACGUACUUCAAGAGCGUGCCGAGCACGCUGGUGUGGGACGGCAUCGGGGUCGUGAGUCAAGGAGGCGAAGCCGAUGACGACGACGAAGGGAGUGACGAGGAGGAUGUGUGGGAUGGGAUGGACAUGGUAGAUGAGGAUGAUGACGACGAGGGAGAGCAUAAAAAGGCCAAGAGAAAAAGAACGAAGGAUGGCGACGCGUAG